UGACGACAUUGAUAUUACUACUUUUAUGUAACAGUAGACGAGCUGAUUUCGUCUUCCUACGUGGAGUCUUGAUCGUUUCGCCGCGAUUCUGAGCAUCGCUCUGUCGACUCUAAUUCCGUCCUCUCCCACAUCAGAUGCCAUGGCUCCCGAUCGGGGUGAAUUCUCCACCGGCAUGCCAACACCCGACGGCAGGGAGGAGCCUUAUCCCCUCGAAGUCGAGGACUCGAAUCCCUCACCUCAUACCAGCAACCUAUCACUAUCAGCAGAAAGCCACUACCUCGCGGAGCAAGCCUCCCAACCUCAAAACUUCACCCUCCGAGGCGUCCUGGUCGGCCUGGCCAUCGGCGUCGUAAUAUGUUUCUCCAACAUGUACUUCGGCCUGCAGACCGGCUGGGUCAGCAGCAUGGCCAUGCCCUCCGCUCUCAUUGGAUUUGCGUACUUCAAGACGGUCUCCAAAAUGCUUAGUGUGCCCUUUUCGCCCGUGGAGAACGUGCUCGUGCAGUCGGUCGCUGGGUCGGUGGGCACGAUGCCCCUGGGCUGCGGAUUCGUGGGUGUGAUUCCCGCGCUGAAUUAUCUGCUGAAAGCGGAAGAGAAUGGGCCGUUGGAUAUUGGGCUGUGGAAGUUGAUUGUUUGGGCGGUGGGGAUUUGCUUCUUUGGGGUCGUGUUUGCGGUGCCGCUGAGAAGGGAGUUUAUUAUCAGGGAGAAGUUGAAGUUUCCGAGUGGGACGGCGACGGCAUUGAUGAUUAGGGUGUUGCAUGGAGACGAAAAAGGCGGGGAGAGGAAGAGCGUGCAUAGAAGACAUACGAGUGCUAGGACCCAGGAGCAACAGGGAGAGCAAAGGGGUCUACUCCAGCGAUCUCAUGAAGAGAAUUCCCGGGCUGAGGAUACCUCUCUGCAGAGCGAGGAGCAAGAGCUAGCUAGCAAUGGUGACUGGAGAGCCCAGAUCCGACUUCUGCUAUUCUCGUUCGCCGGCUCAGCUCUUUAUACUGUUAUCUCAUACUUCAUUCCUCACUUGCACGACAUCCCGAUCCUAGGCCUGUCCUUGGCCCAGAAUUGGCUCUGGACCCUAAACCCAUCCCCGGCAUAUGUUGGGCAGGGCAUCAUCAUGGGUCCAGCGACAACCCUACAUAUGCUCCUCGGAGCCAUCGUCGGCUGGGGCAUACUCUCUCCCCUAGCAAAGAGUCGAGGUUGGGCACCCGGCCCCGUAUCCGACUGGACCACCGGAAGCAAAGGCUGGAUCGUCUGGAUCUCCCUCGCCAUCAUGCUGGUCGACUCGCUCAUCAGCCUAGGAUGGCUCAUUCUCCGACCCACCAUCGCUAUAGCCCGAGCAUACUACCCAAUCCUACGAGAAACCCUUCGCGAACACACCUGGACCGACAUCCUCCGCCUCAACAUCUCCCCCAAACAAGGCUACACGCCCAUCUCCGACCCCUCAUCCACCCUCAAACCCCACGCCGAACCCGACGCACCGCCCUCCCACCUCAUCUCCAACCGCACCACCAUCAUCGGCCUCUUCCUAUCGCUAAUCCUCUGCAUCCUCGCCAUCCACAUCUCCUUUCCCUCCCUAAUCCCCCUCCCCCUCACCCUCCUCUCCCUCCUCCUCGCCCUCCUCCUCUCCAUAAUGGGCGUCCGCGCCCUCGGAGAAACCGACCUCAACCCCGUCUCCGGCAUCUCCAAACUGACCCAACUCGUCUUCGCCCUCGUAACACCCACCUCGGGUCCCCAGGCCAAAAACGCCGUCAUCAUCAACCUGCUCGCCGGCGCCGUCAGCGAGUCCGCCGCCCUCCAAGCAGGCGACCUCCUGCAGGACCUCAAAUGCGGCCAUCUCCUCGGCGCGGCGCCCAGCGCGCAGUUCUGGGGCCAGAUGAUUGGGAGCGCCGUCGGUGCGGUGCUGUCGGCCGUCGUGUAUAAGCUGUAUACGCGCGUGUAUACGAUUCCGGGGGGGCUUUUUGGGGUGCCGACGGCGUAUGUGUGGGUGUUUACGGCGAGGUUGGUUACGGGGAAGGGGUUGCCGCCCAUGGUGAAGGAGUGGGCGAGUGGGGCGGCGGUGAUUUUUGCGGUGGGGACGGUGGUGAGGGUGGUUGGGAUGGCGAGGAAGAGGCAGGGGAGGGGUGGGUGGUGGGUGGAUUUCGUGCCGGGGGGGAUUGCGGUGGCUGUUGGUAUGUCCGAUGCUCUAUUACUUACCCUUAUUUUCUCGAGGGCGGAAGAGAGACAGUGAAAGUGCUAAUGCGGAAGUAGGGAUGUAUAACACGCCUUCGUUUACGCUGGCGAGAACCAUCGGCGGAUUGAUUAGCUUGUGGUGGAGGAGGUGGAAGGGCAGGAGCGAGACGCCGAUUAUUGUGCUAGCAAGCGGAUUGAUCCUGGGAGAGGGACUGUUUAGUAUUGUCAAUUUGGGGCUGGCGAGUUUGGAUGUACCGCAUCUUUGACGCAUGUUGUCGUUACAGAUUGCUUGCUUCUACAUAUAUGGAUGCCUAUACGAAAGUCUAGGAGAAUCAGUCCUUUUCGCAUAACUCAACACCCUUAA